GACCUCCUUUUUUCUGGGUAUUUUUUUCUGAGCAGACGUUGGCAGGCGGCGCCAUAUUGAAAGCAGAGAAUUGUCGGCGAAAACGACUGACACCUUAAAUUAAACACGAUGUUGUACCUGGAGGACUACCUGGAGAUGAUCGAGCAGCUACCCAUGGAUCUCCGCGACAGGUUUACGGAAAUGAGGGAGAUGGACCUGCAGGUUCAGAAUGCCACGGAUCAGCUGGAGCAGAAGGUCAUCGAGUUCUUCGUCAACGCCAAGAAGAACAAACCAGAGUGGAGAGAGGAGCAGAUGGAGGUCAUUAAAAAGGAUUACUACAAAGCUCUGGAAGAUGCAGAUGAGAAAGUCCAGCUGGCCAAUCAGAUCUAUGACCUGGUGGACCGACACCUGCGUAAACUGGACCAGGAACUGGCCAAGUUCAAGAUGGAGCUGGAGGCUGACAACGCUGGCAUCACUGAGAUCCUUGAGAGACGAUCGUUGGAGAUGGACAGCCCGUCUCAGCCUGUCAACAACCACCACGUUCACUCACACGCCGCCACAGAGAAGAGAAAAUAUAGCGCUCCGAGCCACCACACCACAGAACACGUCCCAGAGAAGAAGUUCAAGUCUGAAGCUCUGCUGUCCACGCUCACGUCAGACGCCUCCAAAGAGAACACGCCAGGCUGCCGUACCAACAGCACAUCCUCGUCCACCAACAAUGCGUACAGCGUCAACUCCUCCCAGCCUAUGGCCUACAACCUGAGCUCGCUGUCCUCAGGGCCCGGAGCUGGAGCUGGAGCCGGUGCCAUCACCAUGGCUGCUGCCCAGGCGGUGCAGGCCACAGCUCAGAUGAAGGAGGGCCGACGGACGUCCAGCCUCAAAGCGAGCUAUGAGGCCAUCAAAAACAACGACUUCCAGCUGGGCAGGGACUUCGCUCUGUCCCGGGAAAGCACUGCCGGAUACUCCUCCUCCGCCCUCGCCUCCACCCUCACUCAGACCCUCACCCCCAGCACCACCUCUGACUCUCGAGGACGCAAGUCCAAGAGCAGCAUUAAGUCUUCCAACCAUCAGUCAUCUUCGUCGUCCUCCUCCUCCUCACUGUCGUCCUGUUCUUCGUCAUCGGCGCUCGCUCAGGAGCUCUCCCAGCAGGCAUCGGUGCUGCCUGAAGCCGAGGCCAACAGUCAGGUGGACUGGACCUACGACCCCAACGAGCCCCGAUACUGCAUCUGUAACCAGGUUUCUUAUGGAGAGAUGGUCGGCUGUGACAACACAGACUGUCCGAUCGAGUGGUUCCACUACGGCUGUGUUGGCCUGACGGAGGCCCCGAAGGGGAAGUGGUACUGCCCUCAGUGCACAGCGGCCAUGAAGAGGAGGGGCAGCCGCCAUAAAUAGACACAUCUCCUUGUAACCUUCAUUAGAGGCGGCUGAGGUCAGAGGUCACCAACAGCAAACUGCUCAUCAUCAGACACUGAGGAUUUAAAGCCGUGUGGAGGAAGUGAUGUCAGCUCUGAGAGAAAUAAAAUCUGGGUUCAGUCUAAGCCUAAAAACAACCACAGUCUCUGCCAAAACUAGUGUUUGUUAUUCAGAUUCAGUGAAGUUAAUCUUGACAUUUUAAACUGGUCAGAAUAAUUAAUGAGUCUUUCUGUCAGAGCACAGAUACAACCCAGGUUUUAUAUUUGGUUAAUCUGGGAUUAUACUUGGAAUAGCCAAGUUUGUAAACCAGGUCUUUUUGUCUCCUUCCAUUAUAUGCAGAUUUUUCCCAGAGCUGAAAUUAUUUCCCAUGAGGCCAUGCUCCCCUCUCACUCAUUUAAAACUACAAACAGGAUGGGUUGUUGGACUACAACUAUGAAUGCCCGUUGGAGCCAAAUUAGAUGAGUCUCAUUUGACCUCCAUAGUAAGCCAG